GUUUAAUUCAGAAAUAAAGUGACUUUUAUUUUGAAACGUUCAACAUCCGGGUGACGUCAGUGUUUACGCUUUAGCGCGUGUUUACGUUGAAUCCAGUAUCGGAAAAUAAUGGCGAUAUUUUCCAGUCAGAGAUCAAAGCACACUUAAAUUGAAUCGAUCAAAUCACAGCAGUUGAUUUGAAGGUGUUUGUAGAUGGUGCAGUAGAGUGUCCUGAAGACUUCAGAUCCUCCACUUCCUCUCCCUAUUGAUCCAGAGCCACAUAAUGUGGCCCCCCUAUACCUAUCAUCACCUGCUAGCCUUCCUCCUCACGUUCUUCAGCUAUGUCCUGCUUCACUCGUCACGUAAGACUUUCAGUAAUGUGAAAGUGAGCAUCUCAGCACAGUGGACACCGUCAGCAUUCCAGCAGAACGGCAGCACUUCAACUUUUUCUCCUGGGGAGACAUGGGAGGAAAACAAACUGUUUGCUGAUGUGGAAGAGGCCACGCUGUUCCUGGGUGCCCUGGACUCCAUCUUUCUCUUCUCUUAUGCUGUGGGUUUGUAUAUCAGUGGAGUAAUUGGAGAUCGGUUCAACCUUCGCUAUGUCCUGUCCUUUGGUUUAUGUGGAUCUGCUAUCACGGAAUUUGUGUUUGCCACUUUGACAGAGUGGCUUCACUUUUAUAAUGUGUACUUUUACUGCAUCUUGUGGGUGAUAAAUGGACUGCUCCAGUCUACAGUAUGGCCUUGUGUUGUGGCCAUCAUGGGUAACUGGUUUGGAAAGUCUGGGCGAGGGUUUGUUUUUGGACUUUGGAGUGCAUGUGCGUCUGUGGGGAACAUUCUGGGUGCGUUUCUUGCCUCCAGUGUCCUGAAGUACGGCUAUGAGUAUGCUUUUCUGGUGACAUCAGUGGUGCAGUUUGCAGGUGGUGUAGUGGUGUUUUUUGGCCUGCUUACAUCCCCAAAAGAAAUUGGACUAAGUGACUACUCUGAGACAGGUCUGAGACCAGUGACAAGAGACACAGACAGUCAGCGUCCUCUGAUAAGUGAUGAUGAAGAUGAGUUAUGUGAUGAAUACUACAUACAGCAGCGGGAAGAGGAGCCUGAACCGCAGCCCAAUGCCAUCGGCUUUCUCCAGGCCUUCUGCCUGCCAGGAGUCAUUCCUUAUUCUCUGGCUUAUGCAUGUCUGAAGCUAGUCAACUACUCUUUCUUCUUUUGGCUGCCAUUUUAUCUCAGCAAAAACUUUGGCUGGAAGGAGGUUCAGGCCGACCGGCUCUCUGUGUGGUAUGAUGUGGGAGGCAUUGUUGGAGGAACAGUACAAGGCUUGAUCUCAGAUCUUUUGGGAAAGCGAGCUCCUGUGUUAGCGAUCAGUUUGCUGCUGGCCAUGGGAGCGUUAGUGGGAUACAGCCACUCUCCAAAUAACCAGCUGGUAAAUGGAGCUCUUCUAGCAACAACAGGUUUCCUUAUCGGAGGCCCAUCAAACAUGAUCAGUUCAGCGAUCUCUGCAGAUUUGGGUCGACAGGAGGCACUGCAGAAUAGUCAGGAGGCUUUGGCCACUGUCACAGGAAUAGUGGACGGCACAGGAAGCAUUGGAGCUGCGGGGGGACAGUAUCUGGUAUCGCUUAUCGAGAGCAAAUUAGGAUGGAUGUAUGUCUUCUAUUUCUUCAUAAUAAUGACAGGGUGCAGUAUACUCUUCAUCAUUCCACUCAUUUACUGUGAAAUCCGCUCCUUGUGCCGGGACAGUCAAGCUCGAACGCAUCAGCUCUGAGAUGAACACACUUUGCCUGAAUCUGGAUAGAAAAAUUGGCCAUUUUUAAAAUACAGACAUCCUAUUUGGGAAUUCACCUUCUGUUUAAGAAUUUUGUUUUAUUUAGUCUGGCUACUUCAUAUCAAGGCAUUGUUCAGGCAGGCAGAAAAUAUGUGGUUUUUCUUUUGUUAACAUGAAAGCCUGAUUUCACAAAUGAUCUG